AAAUCUCUGGGGAGCGUUUAACGCGGAGCCGGAAACUAGAAAACUGGGACCCACCUCGGUACCCCACUCGCGUCUUCUUUUCCCUUCGUCUCCGGUCCUCGUCCACCCCCAAUUCCCCCGUCCGAUAAUGGGAGCCUCACUUUUCACAAGCGUCUUCCUCCCCAGAUGAAGCCGAAACUCUAAGACAACCCCCCUUUCAAAUGCACCGAGACUACGGCUUUCUCCAAUAGGCCGAUUGCUAGUCUUUCUAAUGUUCUAAGCUUGUAUAAACCAACUCCAAAGCCCAUCAGUUGAGAGAGGAUGGGGGAGAGUUGGGCGUUGGGGCGUGGGCGGGCGGUCGGGGACUACAUUCUGGGGCCGAAGAUCGGGUCGGGGUCGUUCGCGGUGGUGUGGCGGGCGCGGCACCGGCAGCACGGCGUGGAGGUGGCCGUGAAGGAGAUCGACAAGAAGCAGCUCAACUCCAAGAUCCGCGACGGCCUCCUGAAAGAGAUUGCCAUCCUCCGCCAGGUCUCCCACCCCAACAUCGUCCGCCUCCACCAAGCCAUCCAGACGGAGGAUAAGAUAUUUCUCGUGCUGGAGUACUGCUCGGGCGGUGAUCUCGCAGCGUAUAUACAGCGGCGGGGGAGGGUUUCGGAGGCGGUCGCGAGGCACUUUAUGCGGCAGCUGGCUUCGGGGUUGCAGGUUCUUCAAGAGAACAACCUCAUCCACAGGGACCUGAAGCCGCAGAACCUUCUACUGUCAAGUACUGAUGAAACCCCUGUGUUGAAGAUUGGGGAUUUCGGGUUUGCAAGGUAUCUGAUGCCUCAAGGGUUAGCUGACACACUUUGUGGUUCCCCUUUAUACAUGGCUCCAGAGAUUAUGGAGGAUAAACAAUAUGGUCCCAAGGUUGACUUAUGGAGUGUGGGAGCAAUUCUGUUCCAGCUGGUCACAGGGAAGCUACCUUUUGAUGGAAAUACUCAUUUUCAGCUUUUCCAGAACAUAUUGGCAUCUAAUGAACUGCAGUUUCCAGAAGAUGUUCUGAUGGACUUGCAUCCUGAUUGUAUUGAUCUCUGUAGAAGUCUUCUACGUCGAAAACCAGAGGAGAGACUAGCAUUUGAAGAUUUCUUCAACCACAGGUUCUUGGCGCCAAGGAUAAGUGGAACGGCUGUGGAGUCACAUAAUACUGCAGAUGUUAACUUAGGAGAUGAUGAUCCAUUGAAUUCUUCAGAUGUGCAUCCCAUGAAGACUGAAAGCAUGGAUCGAGGGCUUUCAUUCACAGAUACUUCAAAAGUUGCCGACUCCUUCGACUCUAUUGAACAAGAAUAUGUUCUUGUUCCUGCUAAUUUUGCUUCUAUGGAGACUUUAUUUUCUUCACUUGAGACAUCCUUGCGAGAUAAUUCUACAACUAGACCUCCUAGUUACAGGCAAAAGAUGACUGGCAAGGGUGCUGCUGGUCUGAUGCAAACUAGGGAGCUAGCUGUUAGUUCUAUUUGUGGAGUGGAGAGUGUGGGGAGCCAUUUGUCUGCUCUGUUAUCAACAUCACAGACAUCUACUGCAUUGGAAGAUGUGCAGGAGACAUCAUCAUCGUAUCAUUUCACUAGGCUUCAGCUUCUAAGUCAGUAUGUAAAUGCCCUCACAGAAUUAGCACAACAAAAGCUUCAUGAAGGACUGCAUCUGGAAUCAUUUUCACUUGAACUCGUGACUUUAGCUGUAUGGAAAGAAGCCCUACGCAUAUGUAAUUUAUGGGUGGCCUCCAAAACUGAGACAGAUACUCUCAAUACUUCUGCUAAUGAGUAUCCAUCUCAUCAAAAAGGUCAUAUGUCUCUGAACAUAGCAGAGGGAGUCGAUUUCAUGAAGCCAUCAUCUGUUUGCUCAUGGGCAGAGGAGGGAUUUGUUGUUGCAUAUGAUCGAGCUGAAGAGAUCUCUAAUAGCUUGCGGGAUAUAGGUGAUUUGGAGAUGCCAGAUGCUAUGGAGAUUAUAUUUCAAACAGCUUUAGCUUCCGGGAAAAGUGGUGCUGUGGAUGAAGUUAUGGGACACAGGAGUGGAGCAAUUGCAUCAUACUCGAGAGCAAUCAUGUUGCUUACAUUUAUUAUGGUGGAAGCAGUGUCACUCCCGCUGAACCCCACAUUUUCACUCCCUCCGUCUGACCGGCAACGGAUACAGAGAUACAUUAUGAAUUUAAGAAGCCAUCUAGACAAGUCUCAUAUGGCACAACUAACUGACAAACCAACUAAUGAAUCUUCCAGCAAGUAAAUAGCUAUGACUCAUCUUGGAUAACGGCUAAUCACAAAACCAGUCAUUGUUUGUCAGACCUCCAUAUUCUAAUCAAGUUUUCUUUUAGAGGUGACAAAGCUGAUCCACGAGUAGUUGGGUUCCCUCAAUGGUUGGUUACAGAGCUCCUCAUAUGCAAAGGAAUGUACAUAAUCUGUCUUAUAGCUUGAUGCCAUUGUACAUAAAAUAACUAUAACCUGUGCAUAUAAAUCAUUGUCAAUAUCAAGUUGAAUUUGUAAUCUUUUUGUUGUUGAACUCUCA